UAAACUUCAUCACAGUGGAACAGGAAGUACUCCUACAGCCAAGCAGGUCCCCUUUGAUUGCUUAUAAAGGUCGCCUUUGCCUCCUGCUCUCAGUCUGUCAUCCAGGAGAUUCGCUCAGCAGUACAACCGUCCUUCAGAUCUCCAUUUGAGAGAAGUUUUUAUCCUCAUCAUCAUGGCUGUGACCAACCAACCAGGCAGAUAUGAUCCCUCUGAUUUCCAGACUAAGCUGUGUGAUUGCUGUGAGGACUGUGGAACUUGCAUGUAUGGAUUUUUCUGCUUCCCGUGUCUUGGUUGCUCCAUCGCCAGCGACAUGGAUGAGUGCUGCCUGUGCGGUACCGGCAUGCCCAUCCGAGCCGUCUACAGAACCAGAUACAACAUCAGAGGAUCAUUGUGCAAGGAUUACCUGUCGGCUGUCUUCUGCUCUUUCUGCGCCACCUGCCAGCUGAAGAGAGAUAUCGACCGGAGAAAGGCGCAGGGCAUUUUCUGAACAGAUGCCGUCCUGCGAACGGAGUAAUAAAACCCCUGGACUGCAGAGGAUGAGGAGCCUAUUCCUCUCUGUGAUGAAAAAAUGCUUCUAUUUAUGACAUUGUUUUUUACAGUGUGCUCUUUACCUUUUUCAACUUGUCACAAUUCCUUGUUUUCCUGCCUUUACCCAUGAAUUAUUAUUAACUGAGGGAAACCACAUUGAUCUCCUGCAGCGACCUGGUUGACCCUAACUCAGCUGGGUCCCACACAGGGUUCUGGUGUUCUGCUGUUGUAUUGUGCUGUUCUGAGCUGUUGGAAGGAAGAGAGGGAUUAUACUACAGCCAAUAACUUUUGCCUCAAGUAAUUAAAAUGGAUUGCCUAACAUCAUGUUGUAAAAGGCUUCUUUUCCGUUAAUACCAGCUUGUAAAACUGUUCACAUUUUCUACAGGAAGGAUCUUGGGAGUAUGAUUAUAUACCUGUAAACCUAAUCAGCUUCCUAAAUCAAAUGCUUUUAAUAAAUACUUUUAAGAUGGACCAUUAAA